UGUCAAAAUUAAUCGAAGCACAAUUAAUCAUGUUCGUAGAAAGAGGAAGGUGUUCUACUAAAAGACGGUGAUGAAAAGCAUAUGUUCAUUCUUCGGCAGAAAGAAGAAGAAGAUGGCGGCGAGAAGCAUCUCUUACAUCACCUCAACUCAGCUCCUUCCUCUUCAUCGUCGUCCCAACAUAGCCAUCAUCGAUGUCAGGGAUGAAGAGAGGAACUAUGAUGGGCAUAUAGCUGGCUCGCUACACUAUGCUAGUGGCUCUUUUGAAGACAGGAUCUCUCAUCUUGUUCAAAAUGUCAAGGAUAAAGACACACUUGUCUUCCAUUGUGCUUUGAGCCAGGUUCGUGGCCCAACAUGUGCUAGAAGACUGGUGAAUUACCUCGACGAGAAGAAACAAGAAACUGGAAUAAAAAACAUAAUGAUCUUGGAACGUGGCUUCAAUGGCUGGGAAGCUGCUGGUAAACCGGUUUGCCGCUGCGCCGACGUUCCUUGCAAAGGCGACUGCACCUAAGCCUUACUGAACCAUUGGAAACCUAAUUGAUCUCCACAUUUGUCAAUGUGUAUCAGAGAUAUGAUGAUUACUACUAUUCAUAAAAUAAUCUCUUGGCCAUUAUGCCUGGUUGUUGUUACCUCUCUCUAUUGACAAUCACAAUAUUAAAGAGCCCUUUCGAUAUGUAUCGGACGUCGUCAAAGCCACGUUUAUUGUCUUUAUAUAACU